AUGUUGACCUCCCGUGCUUUGCAUGCUUUUCCUGAGCCCCGUGGAGAGGCCAUCGGCUUGUCAGUUGAAAUGGAGCCUCAGAUGCCAAAGGCACAAAUCAGAGUAGAUGAGCUGGUGGAUACUGCUGUCAUUUUCAUCAUGGUCUUAACCGCGGCUGAGCAAGUCCUGCGCAGUCCUGUGCUUGCUGCCUCGCAAAAUCAGUUCUUAAGCCGCUCUAUGCGGUCUGAGUGUCCAGUUUGCCAAGAGGAUCCAAAGCCUCAGAGUGGUGACAGCCAUCCUUUGCAGCAACGAUAUCUUGAUGGACCGCAAAACAUCUGGGCGCUCAAAGAGCCAUGCGUGCAGAAGGGCAAGGGCGUGACGAUCCUUUCAGGUUUGGCACCACUUCUGGAAGACUAUGAACAGCAUCGUGCGACAGGUCAGGGCCGUGACUGUGUAGCGCAGAAGUACAUUGAGCGGCCUUUGUUGGUGAACCAGCCCCAUGGUCCUGCCAAAUGCGACCUUCGAGAUUGGAAUCCUUUGACGGUCUUCGUGCAUCCUGAAGUCUACUUUCGGAUUGCAACGCGCCCCUUCCAAUUUGAUUCCAUGGAGCCUAAUGCACACAAGACCAACUGCAGAGACACGGAAAAUCGUGUACCAAUGAAGGUGCUUUUUGAGUCAGUGGGCCACGGCGCUGCAGAGCGCUGGAAGACCAGGACCUGGCCUAGGCUGAUGUUUUUGCAAAGGAAUACAGAAUACAUUUGA